AUGGUGAUGUUGACGAGCAUCUCCAACGACGCCAUCAACGACAACCUCAAGAAGCGCUUCGCCGCCGACCUCAUCUACACGUACAUCGGUCACGUGCUCAUCUCGGUCAACCCCUACAAACAAAUCAACAACCUCUACACAGAACGUACGUUGAAGGACUACCGCGGCAAGUACCGUUAUGAGCUGCCCCCGCACGUCUACGCCCUGGCCGACGACAUGUACCGCACCAUGCUCUCCGAGAGCGAGGACCAAUGCGUCAUCAUUUCUGGCGAGUCGGGAGCCGGUAAGACCGAGGCGUCGAAGAAGAUCAUGCAGUACAUCGCCGCCGUUUCGGGUGCCACGGGCGACGUGAUGCGCGUGAAGGACGUCAUCCUCGAGUCCAACCCGCUGCUCGAGGCCUUCGGUAACGCCAAGACCAUCAGGAACAACAACUCCUCUCGCUUCGGUAAGUACAUGGAGAUCCAGUUCGACUUGAAGGGCGACCCCGUGGGCGGCCGUAUCUCCAACUACCUGCUCGAGAAGUCGCGCGUCGUGUACCAGACGAAUGGCGAGAGGAACUUCCACAUCUUCUACCAGCUCCUGGCCGGCGCGCCCGCCGACCUGAGGCAGGAAUUCGGGUUGCAGACCCCGGACUACUAUUUCUACCUCAACCAGGGCAAGACCUACACCGUCGACGGCAUGGACGACAACCAGGAAUUCCAAGACACCUGGAACGCGAUGAAGGUGAUCGGAUUCACGGCGGAGGAGCAGCACGAGAUCUUCCGUCUCGUGACGGCCAUCCUCUACCUGGGCAACGUCCAGUUCGUGGACGACGGCAAGGGCGGCUCCACCAUCGCCGACAGGCAGGUUGUGGAGAUGCUGGCCUAUCUCAUGAGGACCGAGCCGGUGGCCGUGGAGCAGGCCCUGCUGUACCGCACCAUCACCACCGGCGAGCAGGGCCGCGGCCGCUCGUCCGUCUACUCCUGCCCGCAGGACCCCCUCGGCGCCAUCUACUCGAGGGACGCCCUGUCGAAGGCCCUCUACUCGCGCAUGUUCGACUACAUCAUCCAGAGAGUCAACGACGCCAUGUACAUCGACGACCCCGAGGCCCUCACCACCGGUAUUCUCGACAUCUACGGUUUUGAGAUCUUCGGUAAAAACGGAUUCGAGCAGCUGUGCAUCAACUUCGUGAACGAGAAGCUGCAGCAGAUCUUCAUCCAGCUCACGCUCAAGGCCGAGCAGGAGGAGUACGGCGCCGAGGGCAUCCAGUGGGAGAACAUCGACUACUUCAACAACAAGAUUUGCUGCGAUCUCAUCGAGGAGAAGCGUCCUCCGGGUCUGAUGACCAUCCUCGACGACGUGUGCAACUUCCCCAAGGGCACUGACGACAAGUUCCGCGAGAAGCUCCUGGGCGCCUUCCCGACCCACGCCCACUUGGCGGCCACGUCCCAGCCUGACGAGUUCGUCAUCAAGCACUACGCCGGCGACGUGGUCUACAACGUCGACGGCUUCUGCGACAAGAACAAGGAUCUGCUCUUCAAGGAUCUCAUCGGUCUCGCCGAGUGCACCUCUUCCACCUUCUUCGCCGGUCUCUUCCCCGAGGCCAAGGAGGUCGCCACUUCCAAGAAGAAGCCCACCACCGCCGGCUUCAAGAUCAAGGAGUCGAUCAACAUUCUGGUGGCCACCCUGUCCAAGUGCACCCCGCACUACAUCCGUUGCAUCAAGCCCAACGAAAAGAAGGCGGCCAACGACUUCAACAACUCGCUGGUGCUCCAUCAAGUCAAGUACCUGGGUCUGCUCGAGAACGUGCGCAUCCGUCGCGCCGGUUACGCCUACCGUCAGGUCUACGACAAGUUCUUCUACCGCUACCGCGUCGUGUGCCCCAAGACCUGGUCCGGCUGGAACGGCGACAUGGUCUCCGGCGCUGAGGCGAUCCUGAACCACGUGGGCAUGUCCCUGGGCAAGGAGUACCAGAAGGGUAAGACCAAGAUCUUCAUCCGCCAGCCCGAGAGCGUGUUCUCGCUCGAGGAGCUGCGCGACCGCACCGUGUUCUCCUACGCCAACAAGAUCCAGAGAUUCCUCCGCAAGACAGCCAUGAGGAAGUACUACUACGAGGUCAAGAAGGGCGGCAAUGACGCGCUUGUCAACAAGAAGGAGCGUCGUCGCCUGUCGCUCGAGCGUCCGUUCAAGACCGACUACAUCAACUACCGCCAGAACUUCAAGCUCAAGGACUGCAUCGGCGACAAGGGUACGGAGAAGGUGCUGUUCGCGGACCUGUGCAACAACCUGGACAAGAGCUUCUGGGGCUCGAAGGUGGAGCGGCGCAUCAUGGUGCUCACCUCCAACGCCAUGUUCCUGGUGGCCAUCGACCCCAACAAGGACAAGAUCGAGAAGAAGGUCAAGCCCUUCCUCUACGUCCUCAAGCGCCGCAUCGACUUCAACAAGAUCGGCUCCAUCACCCUCAGCCCGCUGCAGGACAACUUCAUGCUGAUCAGCGUGAACGGGGAGCACAGCAACCUGCUCGAGUGCCGCAGGAAGACCGAGCUCAUCGGCGUCCUCCUCAAGCACAACCCGUCCGUCCGCAUCCAGUUCGCCGACACGUUCAACGUGACGCUCAAGGGCGGCAAGACGUGCGUGGUCAAGUUCAUCCGCGACCCGCAGGGCGGCGACGGCAAGGUCAAGGGCACCAAGGUCUCCGUCGCGCCCGGCCUUCCCCCCUCCUCCGCGCCCAACAUCCAGGCGCCGCAGGAGACGUCGGGCGGCGCGUCGUUCACGGUGGCCGAGCAGUCCUACAAGGACCAGAUCCUCGGCGCCAAGGGAGGCGGCGGCGGCGGCGGAAGGGGCAGAGGCGGACCCUCGCCCAGCGGCGCCGUUUCGCCCCGGCCCUCGCCCGGCGGUGGCGGCGGCGGCCCGUCCCCGUUCGGCGGCCGUCCCUCGCCUUCGGGUCCCCCCGCCGCCGCGCCCGCGCCUGGACCCGAGCAGGCGCGUGCGCUGUAUGACUUUGCGGCGGAGAACCCGGACGAGCUGACCUUCAACGAGGGCGCCGUGGUGACGGUGAUCAACAAGAGCAACCCGGACUGGUGGGAGGGCGAACUCAACGGCCAGCGCGGCGUCUUCCCCGCGUCCUACGUCGAACUCAUCCCGCGCGCCGCUGCGCCCGCGCCCGGCCCCUCCGGCGGCCCUCGCCCCGCUCCCCCCCGGAGGGCGGCGCCGAUGGGCGGACCCGGUCCGAUGAGGGGCCGAGGCGGACCGGCGCCAGGCGGUCCCGGCAGGGGCGGUGCGCCCCCGCCCGGCGCCGGCAGGGCCGCUCCGCCGCCUGGUGGUAUGAGGGGUCGUGGUGGUCCUGGUCCGGCGCCGCCGGGCGGCAUGGCGAGAGGAGGCAUGAUGCCCCCUCGCGGCAGGGCGGGUCCUCCUCCCCCCGGCAUGUAA